UAUAAAUAACGGAUGAUGCAGAAGGGCAACAAGCACACACCAUAGGAGCUAAUUAAGAGAAGAGUUUAAUAUAAUUAGCAAUGGCUUCCCUCAUUUGCCCUCAAGAAUUUUCUCCUAUUAAUGAUGCAGAGGCUAUUAGAAAGGCUUGUAAAGGCUUUGGAACUGAUGAGAAAGCCCUAAUAUCGAUACUUGGGCAUAGAAAUGCAUCACAGAGGAAGAUGAUAAGGAAAACUUAUGAGGAAAUGUACAAUGAAGAUCUUGUGAAGCGCCUUGAAUCUGAGUUGUCGGGACACUUUGAGAAAGCGAUGUACAGAUGGAUGCUAGAUCCAGAAGAGAGGGAUGCAGUUAUACUGCAUGUUGCAAUAAAAGAGAAACCAAUCCCAGAUUACGCUUCCAUCGUUGAGUUGUCAUGCAUCUAUUCUCCUCAGGACUUGUUGGCUGUCAAGCGUGCCUAUCAAGCUCGCUACAAGCGCUCUGUGGAGGAGGACUUGGCUCAACAUUUUACUGGUGAACUUCGAAAGCUUUUGGUUUCCGUAGUGGGCAUAUACAGGUAUGAUGGUGAUGAGAUAGAUGCAAGGCUAGCCAAAAUUGAGGCUGACAUUAUUUGCAAUGCAAUAAAAAACAAGGAAUUUAAUCAUGAAGAAAUUGUUAGAAUAAUUACUACAAGGAGUAAGACUCAACUCAGAGCAACUCUAAACCGCUACAAGGAUGAUCAUGGCUCUUCACUCACCAAGCACUUGAGGGACGACGGUGAAAAGGCAGCUAAUGCUUUCUUAGGAGCGUUGCGAACGACAAUCCAAUGCAUUGCUAAUGACCCUCAGACAUACUAUGAAAAGGUAAUUCGCCGUGCCCUAAUGAAGUCAGGGACAGAUGAGGACUCGGCGACAAAGGUAAUAGUGAGCAGGGCAGAGAAGGAUUUGGAAGUGAUCAAAGAGCUUUACUACAAGAGGAACAGUGUGAGUCUUGAUCAUGUUGUCUCCAAGCACACUUCUGGGGAUUACAAGGCUUUCCUUCUCACUCUCUUGGGAAACCAAAACUAAUUAUUGUGGCACAUCUAUUUAUUCCUUUAUAUUGAGUUCAUGAGGAGAUGACAAAACUGAGGUGUUUGUGUGUGUGAGUUUUUCACUUGAAUAAAAGAAAAAAAAAAAAUGAAGAAAAAAGAGCAUCUAUCUUCUUACCUUUUUUUUUUUUUUUUGUCAAAAGAGAACAUUUGUUACUGAUGAUUGUCCCGGAGAUUGUGUGAAUUUAUGUCUAGUCGUUGUUGUCGCUAUUUUCUCAAGUACUUGUGUGUGGAAAUUGGAAUGCAGUUGCUUUUCAGUG